AUGGCACACCCCUAUGCGGGACUUUGGCUGUUUGGUGCCCUGACCGCCGGCACGGCGAUCGCCUCGACGGCGGCCGUCGUCGAUUUCGACGAUGUUCGGCAGGCAUGGCAGUCGCGCUUCGGCGCGCCCACUGAAACCGUCGCGACCGAGCCUUUGGAGCAUGCGGCGCCGCAAACUGCCGGCGAUGCCGGCACCCCCACCGAAGACGAUACGCAACCGGUCGCCGACGCGGCGCCAGACGAAGUCGCACCGGACGCCGAAACGGGCACCGAGGUCGCGAUGGUCGACCGGACGGCCGAACCGCCGACGCUUGGCGAUCAGAGCAUCUUGCCCGAUGUCGCGACGCAACCCGACGAGAUGCGGGACGAUGGCGAUGCGACGCUCGCCGCCGUCGUGCCCCGUUUCGAUCUCUUGCGCGCCGAGCCGGACGGAUCGCUGGUCAUUGCGGGCUCCGGACCGGCCGGCGCGACCAUGGAGAUCAUCGCCGGCAGCCGCACCAUCGCGACGGCGACCGCCGGCCCCACGGGUGAUUUCGCUGCCGUGCUCGACGAGCCGCUGGCCCCCGGCGACUAUCAGAUCGUGCUGCGGGCGACCGCGCCCGACGGGCUUGUGGUGACAUCGCUAGAAACCGCCGUCGUCGCCAUCCCCGAAGCCGGCUCCAACGAGGUUCUUGCGCUGGUCGAGGCGCCGGGCGAGGCAUCGCGGCUGAUCACCACGCCUGGUCCGCAGACGCCGGUGCUCGAGACCGUGACGCCCGAGCCGGAGACGGCUGCCGCGGCCGAAAGCGACACGCCUUUGACCGAUGAGAGCGAGACGGCCGGUGCAACGGAGGAACCCGAAGGCGCGCCUACGGUCGAACUGGCCGCCUUGCCCGACACGGACGAACCGGCCGCCGUCUCCGCGCCGGAGCCAGCGGGCACCGCGCCAGACCUGCGCAUCGAGGCCGUCGAAAUCGACGGGGCGGAGCUUUUCGUGGCGGGCGCGGCAACCGCCGGAACGCGCCUGCGGCUUUAUGCCAACGAGAUGCUGCUCGGCGACACGACGUCCAGCGACGGCGGGCGCUUCCUGAUCCAGGUGCGCCGUGACCUGCCGGUCGGCGACUACAUCAUCCGCGCCGAUGCCAUCGAUCCGGUGUCGGGCGACGUGCUCAAGCGCGUCUCCGUGCCGUUCACGCGUCAGGCCGGCGAACGGCUGGCGGCGAUUGCCGUCGCGCCCUCGGCGCGCCUGCCUGCCUCGCCGCCCACCGUGCCUUUCGACGCGUUGGCGCCUGAGAAGCCGGCGGACGAGACGGCAAGCCUCGAUGCGCCAUCCGGUUCGGCCGGCGACGAGGCUGCGCAACCCGCCGACCGUGCGACAGGUUCUACAGCCGUGCCGCAGGCACUCGGCGUGCUGCAGGGGCCGCCGCCAAUCGACACCGCGCCGGCCGAAAUAUCCGGCGGACUGGUGCCCACCGGUCAGUCGGUGAUCAUCCGCCGCGGCGACACGCUGUGGCAGAUAUCGCGGCGGGUUUACGGCCAGGGCGUCAAAUACACGACCAUCUAUCUGGCGAACGAAGAGCAGAUAUCCGAUCCGGACCGCAUCUGGCCGGGCCAGGUGUUCGCUGUGCCGGACGAGGCGCGUGCCGAUGCCGAGGACGUGCACCGGCAAUUGCGAAGCACCAACUGA